GAAUAAAGUUCUCAUGUGAAUAUUUAUCAAUUAUAGUUACACCCAGAUAAAAAAAAGUGUUAAUUGAUAGAGAUCAUUUUUACAACUCUCAUCAAAUGUGUGUAUGAAAUAGCGUUGAUCAUUUAGUUGUGAUGAUUUUUGAUCAGUCUUUUAAUCAACACCAUAAAUCCGAAUCUGGUAAACAGUCUUAAUCCUUAAAUAAAUUGUCACCCAACAAGAUCUCAUUAACAGCCUUUCAAUGUGUAAAAUGUCUUAAUAAUUGAUCAACAAUUGGCUCUAUUUACCGAGCAAUACUGACAACCACAAUGAUCAGUGAAAUAUCAACCUUAUGCCUAUUCUCCCUUCUUUGUUUUGGUAAACAGCGGAUCAAGCCAACUAACGCCACUCAAUGUGAAGAGUAUACUUAUCUUGGUGAUAAAAUAAGUUUAAAUUGUAACAGUGGUUCUCUCCUUCAACCGUACAAGGAUCUGAAAAUACAUGCUUUAGCCAUCAAUGGAACACCUUCUGACCAUCAACAAACCUUGGCAGACGUCAAUUUUAACCAUCUUAUUAUACAAAAUGCCAAUUUUAUUGGCCCAACAGAAAAGUUGUCAACCCCUGAAACAGUAAUUGGCCAUGAAUCGUUGACUAUCGUUCGAUCUUCAAGCAUUGCUCUUUGGUCCUGGGCAGAGUUCAAUUUUAAACACAUUUAUUUUGAGGAUUGCCUGUUGAACUCGAUUGAUGAUAAAAGCUCAUUCAAAGUGGUUACAAACCAAUUUUUACCCAACACUUUAAAAUCUCUAUCAAUGAUCAACUGCCGCAUCUUUAGUAUAGGACAAGGCGCUCUUGGUUUCCUUAAUUCAAUUCAAACACUGACCAUUACUCACAACCAUUUAACAACCUUCUCUCGACUUGCAUUACCCUCAGAAGCGCCAAACCUUUGGUCGAUCGAUCUGAGCAACAAUAAAUUGGAAAGCCUGGCCGAUUACUUUACUCACAAUUUACCAUCACUAAAAGAGUUAAAUUUACGCAACAAUCAACUGUUAGUUCUUCCAACAAACUUUUUCAAUCCCAUGCUUUCAUUGUCAAUGAUUGAUCUAGAAGAUAACGCCUUAAAUUGUGAUCAAUUUUGUUGGAUUUUUACCGAUGUUUCAGCCCCUCGCCCAAUGUUACUUGAUUCAACCAGUUGUAUAAUGCCAAAUAAACAAUCGGUCAUUUUAGCAUGGAGUUCAUCUGAUUCAAUAGGAUGCACCAAUAAUCGAGCAAAAAGAUGUGCAAACGACACAUCGACGGUGAACGACUAAUAGCAUGGGUUUUAAAAUACCCAUCAAAUUUAAAUGUAAUGUUAAAUCUCUAUGAAAUUAACUUAAUUGAACAUUUUUUCUCGGCUGAAUAGACUGCUGGCUCAACAUUCGAGCCUAAUAGACUUUUAUCAAUGGUUAUUAUUAAAUAUUGGUUCAUAGCACAGGUACUAACAAUAACAGCUACUGUUUAAGAGAUUAUCAAUUUGUAAAACUUUUUUUAUCACAUGUGCUUGUCAGAACCAAACUGCAAUGGUCAUAUUCAAUAACUAUUGUAUCAAAUAAAACUCGCAAGUUAGUUUGAUGAACUAUCAGCUACUUGUUACGAAUGUCUAA